GCAAUCAUUGUCAAACUACAUAAACAAUACGUUUUCAAUUUAUAUUUGCAAGUUGGUAGCACUUGAAGUACAGACACAUAGCUUUCGUAUUUGCUUAGUUUUGUGAAUGAUUUUAUAGGAUAAAUAUUUUCCUUUACAAAAUAAAUUGUAAAAAACAUAUUUGCCUGUACUUAUUUCAUGAGUUUCAUAUGUUUGAAUGUUAAACCAAUUCUAAAUCAAUUCAUUUCAUUAGAACUAUUUUGAUUUAAUAUUACUGUUGCUAUUAGUGUCAGAAUGACGUAAAAAUAGUUUGCAUAUGUAAUGUGAAUGAUAUUCAGAUAAAUUAUCGUGCAGGAAAUAUGAUUAAAAUACAAAAUCUUUCACACAUCAAUCAAUUUAAUGGAGAAAACUAUUGGCAUACAUCUUCGGUAUUAAGAGAAAAGCGUUAGGUCAUUCAACGCAAGAAGACAGUUCAAUCAAAAAAAUAAGAGCCAGCUCGCGGAAAAUGCGACGCCAAUCACUUUGGCUGUGGUUUUCACUUUCAUUUUGAUGUUAUCAAUCCUUGAAUGAGUAAAUUAAAUUAGUGGAAAAUUUGUGUAAAACAAGCAGUGCCCAAGGAAACUACUAAUACUUAACAUUUAGAAAAAGAGGUCAAAGUUACGCAAGUUAGUGGAGAUGAGUGGCACACGCUCCAAUUUUCAAUUCUUGAAUAACCCAUUGGCCAUUCGCCAGGAGAUUCAACGGUUUGAAAGUGUUCAUCCUUCAAUUUAUGCCAUUUACGAUUUAAUCGAACUAGUUCCCGAUCAGCAAAUUGCACAACAAAUUCGAGAUCAUGUAGUUUGCAUUGAAGAUUCGUUUGUCAAUAGUCAAGAGUGGACAUUGUCCCGAUAUGUAUCGGAGCUUAGGCUAGGAAUCGUAGGCUCCAUAAAUUCGGGUAAAUCAGCAUUAGUGCAUCGGUACUUAACGGGAUCUUAUAUGCAAGAAGAAUCGCCAGAGGGAGGACGUUUCAAAAAGGAAAUAUUUAUAGAUAACCAAAGCCAUUUGUUGUUGAUUCGGGAUGAAGGGGGAUUACCCGAAAUGCAGUUUUCCGCUUGGGUUGACGCUGUGAUCUUUGUAUUUAGUUUGGAAAAUGAGGCCAGUUUCAAUGCAGUCUACAAUUUCUAUACAAAAAUGUCGCAUUUCCGAAACAGUUCAGAAAUUCCGAUCUUACUAGUCGGUACUCAAGAUGCGAUAAAUGAGAAGAAUCCGCGUGUGAUCGACGAAACACGAGCUCGAAAAUUAGCAAAUGAUCUGAAACGAUGCUCUUAUUAUGAAACCUGCGCUACUUAUGGAUUGAAUGUUGAAACCGUCUUUCAGGAUGCGUGUCAAAAAAUCGUACAAUAUCGUUCACACGCCUUAUUACAACAUCGUACACCGACAAGCUCGAGACCUACAACACCUCAGGGAGCGGGCAUAAGCAAUUCGAUGAAUUCAUUGCCGCAGCAUUUUGUGCAGCAUGUAUCACAUCACAAUCACGAUCAAAACUCGUUGAAUGUGCUAUCGAGUCCGUCUAAAGAUUUCGGUUUACUAUCUGGAAGCAAUGACUCAAACUUUCAAUCGAGCAAUUUUACGUUGCCACAUCGAUACCACGCAUUAUCAGCUUCGAGUCAUCAAUUGCCAUUACGAAGUAGUGGGGAGUUUAAGCAUCAACUCUACACAUCACAUGGAUCUCCUGGCAAAAAUUGGAACAGUACGAAAACCCAAGGAAUCUCACAACAUGCAAAUGACAGAAUGAGCGCUCCAAUAGCGGCAUUGAGUUCCCUUCAAUUAAGUCCAUCAGUUUCAAAUACAAAAGAUGCCAAAGAACUUCCGACCCCCUCAUCGACUCCAACCACAUCACGUAAAUCGCGACGACGAUCAAACUUGUUUAUUCCGUCGUCGAAAAAAUCUGAGGUGAAACUGAGUGAGCUCGGUGUUGGACGAGCGAUCCCAAUUAAACAAGGCUAUUUAUACAAGCGCAGCAGUAACUCUCUCAAUAAGGAAUGGAAGAAGAAAUAUGUGACUCUAUGUGAUGAUGGACGACUAACAUAUCAUUCUUCAUUGCAUGAUUAUAUGGAUGAUUGCAACGGCAAAGACAUUGCAUUGAAUUGUGUAACAGUUAAGCUCCCUGGCCAAAAACCUCGAGGAUCAAAGUCUAUUCUAACAAAUAGUGCACUCAGUUCAUCGGUUAAUUUUUAUUGGAAAGCAACAAAUAAUGCAAUUUCUGACGGAAUUGCUGGAUUAACUUUGCCGAAAGAUAGGAAAGCCAAUGAAAAAACCUCAUUGAGUACUUUUGAUUCACUUCGCGAUUCGACCGGCGGUAAAACUAACAGCCAUACCAGUGGUGAUGAGGGAGUUGUUUUGAGUAACAGCAAUUCCCAAACCUUCUUAGCGAAUGAAAAUGCAAACAACAGCAAACACAAUGAAAGUCAGUCAUCUAAUUCAUCAAAUACAAAGAAACGACAUCGGCGUAUGAAAAGUAGCGGUGUGAAAAAUGAAGUAGAUGAUGCUGAAACAUAUGAGUUCUUCAUCGUAUCGCUGGAAGGAAAACAAUGGCAUUUUGAAGCAGCCAGUUGUGAGGAUCGAGACGAAUGGGUUCAAGUGAUUGAACAAGAAAUUUUCAAGAUAUUACAAUCGAAUAUUUCGAGUAAAUCAAAACCGCAAACAUCCAAUGAUUUGGCCACGAUACAAAUGAUAAAAGAGCAAAUUCCUGGCAACAAAUUCUGUGCCGAUUGCGACGCGGCUACGCCAGAGUGGGCGAGUUUGAAUUUGGGUAUUCUCAUAUGCAUCGAAUGCUCUGGUAUUCAUCGGAAUUUGGGUUCACACAUUAGCAAAGUGCGUUCGCUCGGUCUGGAUACAAUCGAACUACCUCAUUUGAGUGUUAUGCUUUCUAUUGGUAACACAAUAUCGAAUUCAGUGUACGAGGCAAAUACCAGUGGACUCGUCAAGCCGAAUUCGCAAUCUACUAGAGAAGAGAGGGAAUCAUGGAUUCGAAGGAAGUAUGAAAUGAAAGAGUUUGUACCGCAUAUUGAUCAUUCUGUUCCGAGCGGAAGACUUUUAAUCGAAGCGGUUGUCAGAUCUGACAUACGAUCAAUCAUCACCACAUUAUUGCACACUAGUGUAGCUGAGGUUAAUGCAACUGUAAGUGAACGUGAUUUGCGAACUGCGGCCCACCUUGCGUCCGCAAUGGGCAACCUUCCAGUUGUACAAUUACUUGUUUGGAACAAUGCGGAUGUCACGAAGACUGACCAUGAAGGUCGUACGUGUUUAUCAUACGCAAAAGCCGCAUUGUCUUUGGCUUCACAAUCAACAAAUGAUGCGGAAAAUUUGGGACAAAAUGGAUUUAGUUCACACGAUACAACUAAAGAACUGGUUGAGAUGUUGGUUAAUCUGGGUUGCUCUGACCCUCUACCAACUACAAGCACUACCACUGGGACUAUACCACGGCGAAGAGAUAUGCUGAGACCGAGUGUAUUCGAGAAGUUACCAUCUAGUGUAAUAUAAUUGGCCCGAAUUUCAAUUGUAUAUAAUGCCAAAAUGGUAAAUGUGCAGCAAACGAAUAAAGAGUCAAACAAAUAUUGUUUGAGUUUUUCGCAGUUUUUCAUCGUUGCAGUUUGCGUGUUCUAUUGAUCAAACAAUGUAUUGUAACAUAAAGAAGAAAAAACUACCACAAGUACAUUUACAGUUUGCUUUAUUUCAUUAAAUUAUCGUGCAUGUUUACUUAAAAGAGGAUAAAUCUUAUUUUGCUAAUCAACCGAUUUUUUAAUUGUACCUGAAUAAAUCUAGAAAGAACCAAAAAAAAAA